UUGUAAUGGACAACUUUAUGCAGUUUAUUGACAUUCCAAAAUGCCAAGCAUAAUACACGAAGAAAACACCGCUUUCAGAAAAGCCACCUUUGGAAUGGGAUGUUUCUGGGCCAGUGACGCACUGUUUGGAGGUCAACAGGGAGUAUUGAGAACGCGGGUAGGUUACUCUGGAGGAAAAACUUUGGACCCCGUUUACAGAAAUUUGUAUAUGUCACUGAUUUUAUAUCACUGUGAAGAACAGAAAAUCGCUGCUGAAGUAUCACUGAAAAAGGAACAGAAGCAGAGAAAUGAGCCUCUGAGAACUGAGAUUGCACGUGCUGGACACUUCUACCCCGCUGAAGAUUACCAUCAGAAAUAUCGAUUGCAAAAGUUCAAAUGGAUUUGCGACGAGCUCGAACUGACCCCAGAAUUAUUACAAACAUCCCACGUUGCUGCUCGUCUGAACGGCUACGUAGCGGGUGUCGGAACAGAAGAAGACUUUGAAGACGAUGUUGUGAAAUUGGGCCUCCCAGAAAAAGUUGCAGAUUUUGUUCGAGAUCAGCUGAAAGACAACGCUGGCGGAAAUUUGUAUUGUUGAUAAAAAAGUAUUAUUGAAGUAUUUUUCAGUUUUAAUCUCAGGGUAAAGAGUGGGAUUUUUCUGCAAUUCAGGGGAAAUUGAUAUUUAUAGGGUUUUUGUUUAGCACGAAAAUGGUGGGUUAGAUUAUUACACAUUUUGGGUGGGGCUACUUCGGAAUUUAAAGAAAUUAUAUUCUCAUCACCUCUUCAAAGCCAAAAAUGUGCUGCUCUGCUAGUAAUAAAUUUUUUUUUACUU